CCUUCACUUUCACUUUCACAGAAACGAAAGUUAGCCGGAGCAGCAGAAGAUGGCAGGAAGCUGCAGCUCGGACAUUUUCCUGUGCUCGAUAUGUUUGGAUGGACUGAAGAACCCUGUGACUCUUCACUGCGGACACAGCUACUGUCAGGAGUGUGUGAACGCCUUCUGGGACCAGCGCGACCAGAAUGGACUUUACACAUGUCCCCAGUGUGUCCACCCCUUCACCCCAAGACCCGUCCUGAGCAAGAGCAUAGUGCUGGCGGAUGUGAUGGGCAAAAUGUGUGGGGGAGAAAGAGAAGAAGCCAAAGCUGCUGCUGCUGCAGCUGCUGCUGUGGAGGAGGAAGUUGUCUCCGGGGACGUGGAGUGUGAUUUCUGCACCGUGAGGAGGCUGAAGGCCGUGAAGUCCUGCCUGGUGUGUCUGGCCUCGUACUGCUCCACUCACGUGCAGCCUCACUAUCAGUCUGCAGCUUUCAAGAGGCACACGCUGGUGGAGGUGUCCGCCUCCAUACAAGACCAGAUCUGCCCCAAGCACGACAAGCUGCUGGAGGUCUACUGCCGCAGCGACGGCCACUGCGUCUGUCUGCUGUGUGUGAUGGACCAGCACAAAGGUCAUGACACCGUCUCUGCUGCAGCAGAGAGGGAAGACAGACAGAAACAGUUUGGAAAGAAAAAACAAAAGAACCAGCGCAGAAUUCAAGAUAAAGAGAAGCAGCUGCGGCAACUGAGACAGAAGAUGGAUUCUCUAAAGUGCUCUGGAGAUGCAGCGGUGAAAGAGGCCCAGAAGGUCUACACUGAAAUUGUCCGGUUGGCGGAUAUGAGGCGGUGCGCUGUGGAGCAGGGGAUCAGAGCUGAGGAGAAGGCUGCGAUGAGCCGAGCCGGGGCGAUGGUGGAUCGGCUGGAGAGGGAGAUCUGUGAGCUGAGGAAGGGAGAGGACGCACUGAAGCAGCUGUCGCUCACUGAGAAUCAUAUUCAUUUCCUGCAGAGCUCCCAGACCAUUUUCGACUGUCCAGAACCUGAUGAGUCUCCAGAUUUCAACAUCCACCUGCACACAUCUUUUGACAGUAUGACAAAAGCCAUCUGUAAUUUGAGAGAUCAAAUGGAAAACAUUACACAGGCCAUUGCAGAGAUACCUGAGACAAUUCAAGCUGAUCCUAAAACAAGAGGGGAGUUCCUCCUGUAUUCCUGCAGCCUCAGUUUGGAUCCCAACACAGCAUUUGAAAGCCUAGUGCUUUCUGAAGGAAACAGCAAGGUAACCUGGAAUAAAAGGGCUCAGCAUCGCCCACAGCAUCCAGACAGAUUCACCAGAUAUGAUCAAGUGUUGUGCACUGACGGUUUAUCUGGCGUGUGCUACUGGGAGGUUGAUUGGAAGGGGCCCAGGGUUGAGGUCGCUAUGUGCUACAAAGGGUCAGAGCUGCAAGAAAGUUGCUUUGGAUACACAGACCAGUCCUGGUGUGUUUCCCUCUCAGCUUCUAGUUGCACCUUUUGGCACAAUGAAGUCAAAACUAGGAUAUCUGUGCACUACUCCGUUACUGUAGGAGUGUAUCUAAACCACCAGGCCGGGAGCCUGUCCUUCUACAGCGUCUCCGAUUCUGGUCAAAUGAUGCUCCUUCACAGAGUUCAGACCACAUUCUCCAAGCCUCUGUACCCUGGGUUCAUGGUCUCCAGAGGGUCGUCUGUUAAAAUACGCGCACUAAAGUAAAGGGUUGCUUCAGUGAACUAUCUUUGAGAGUAUUUUCGUUUUGCUUUGUGCAGUUUUUUUGGUGUGUAAGUAUUGACUGUUGAAUAUUUCUCGUUUUCAUUUCCAUUCUCCAUUUUUCAAGUUUCCUUACUGAAUAUGUGGUUUUAACUACAGUUCAGCAUUACUCCUGAACUUUCUUUUAAGUGUAAGGAAAAGAUUAUAGAAACAUAGACAUGUUUAUUUUCAAGUUCCUCUGUUAAUGAUACACAUUUCUCAUCAAGUAUUACACUUUAAUUGCAAAGAUAAACCCAAAUAAAACUAGUGGUCAAACGUUACAUACGAACAUGUUGAAUAAUGAA